CUCUGUCAGCGCACUCACUGAAAGAUGGCGGUGCGGAUGGAGAAACAGACGGGAGAACGCAGGCUGCCGAUUUAGCUUUUAUAAAGUAACACUAACGGGUGUUUGGUGUUAGUUUAAGGAACAAAAUACUGCAAAACUUUUUCUCUUUUUUCCUUUUUUUGUGCAAGCGAGAUGGACGCGCAUACUCCGUGCUGGAAUUUCGUUUCGCAAACUCCCCGGGAUCCUUCUCUCGCUGGGGAUUUACUCAGACUGCUGUCAUUUUUCUAGAAAACCUUGGGAUAAUAAAGUCUGCAAGAAAAGCAGUCACAGACGAAAAGUGGAUUUAAAAAAAUGUCGGACAGCAAAGUUAUUGUGGCAGUGAGAGUGCGGCCGAUGAACCGAAGGGAGAUCGAGCUGAACACAAAAUGUGUGGUGGACAUGGAAGAGAAUCAGACCGUCCUGCAGCCUCCGCCAUCGAACUCAAAGGGGGAGAACAGAAAACCACCCAAGGUGUUUGCCUUUGACUAUUGCUUCUGGUCCAUGGAUGAGUCAAACGUCUCGAAAUAUGCAGGGCAAGAAGUGGUGUUUAAGUGCCUUGGAGAAGGAAUACUUGAAAACGCGUUUCAUGGCUACAACGCUUGCAUCUUUGCCUAUGGACAAACUGGUUCAGGCAAGUCAUUCUCCAUGAUGGGUAAUUCCGAGCAGCCUGGCCUUAUCCCCCGACUUUGCUGUGCUUUGUUUGAAAGGGUUUCAAAGGAAGAAAACGACUCUCACUCUUUUAAAAUUGAAGUCUCCUAUAUGGAGAUCUACAACGAGAAGGUCCGGGAUCUGCUGGAUCCUAAGGGGAGUCGACAAUCCUUGAAAGUCAGAGAGCAUAAAGUUUUAGGCCCAUACGUGGAUGGCUUGUCUCAGCUUGCUGUUACCAACUUUGAGGAUAUUGAAUCUCUGAUGUCAGAAGGUAAUAAAUCCCGGACUGUUGCUGCCACGAAUAUGAAUGAAGAAAGCAGCCGUUCCCAUGCAGUUUUUAGUAUAAUUGUAACUCAGACACUUUAUGAUCUACAAUCAGGGAACUCUGGAGAAAAAGUUAGCAAAAUAAGUUUGGUGGAUUUGGCUGGAAGUGAGCGGGUGUCCAAAACCGGUGCAGCAGGAGAGCGUCUGAAGGAAGGCAGCAAUAUAAACAAAUCCCUCACCACUUUAGGCCUGGUCAUUUCUGCACUUGCAGACCAGUCUGCUGGGAAAGGAAAAACCAAGUUUGUGCCUUACAGAGAUUCCGUCCUCACUUGGUUGCUCAAGGAUAAUUUGGGAGGAAACAGCAAGACUGCUAUGAUAGCCACAGUCAGCCCUGCAGCCGACAAUUACGAGGAAACCCUUUCAACCCUGAGGUAUGCGGAUCGGGCGAAGAGAAUCGUCAAUCAUGCUGUGAUUAAUGAAGAUCCAAAUGCCCGAAUAAUCCGAGAGCUGCGUGAAGAGGUGGAAAAACUGAGGGAGCAGCUGACGCAGGCAGAGUCCAUGAAGGCCCCUGAAUUGAAAGAGAAACUUGAAGAAUCAGAAAAACUUAUCAAAGAGAUGACGUUAACAUGGGAAGAGAAGCUGAGGAAGACUGAAGAAAUUGCACAGGAGAGGCAGAAACAGCUUGAGAGUAUGGGGAUUUCUCUCGAAUCUUCAGGCAUCAAAGUUGGAGAAGACAAGUGUUUCUUAGUUAACCUGAAUGCUGACCCGGCCUUGAAUGAACUGCUGGUUUACUAUCUAAAGGACCAUACAAGAGUUGGCGCUGAUACCUCCCAGGAUAUCCAGUUAUUUGGGAUUGGAAUCCAGCCUGAGCAUUGCAUUCUGGAGAUCGCACCAGAUGGAGAUGUCACGCUCACACCUGUAGAUAACGCAAGAACCUGUGUAAAUGGGACCAUAAUAUAUUCUGCAGUCCACCUGUGGCAUGGGGACAGGAUCCUCUGGGGGAAUAAUCACUUUUUCAGAAUUAACCUUCCGAAACGAAAGAGACGAGACCGGUUAAAAGAAUGUGAGAAAGAGUUUGCUAAGGAUAACUUCUCAGACCAUGAUGUUGAGACGGCCAGUGAAGCUUCAUCUGAGCAAGACUACAAUUAUGAAUUUGCCCAAAUGGAGGUUAUGAUGAAGACCCUGAGCAGCAAUGACCCCAUUCAAAAUGUCGUACAUGUUCUAGAAAAGCAGUAUUUAGAAGAAAAGAGGAAUGCCUUGGAGGAGCAGCGCAUGAUGUAUGAGCGUGAGCUGGAGCAACUACGGCAACAGCUCUCUCCUGAGCGGCCACACCGAAGCAGCAUGGACCGCCUUUCCUUCAAUGCCCAGAUGGCACAGCACAAAGUCAAGCUGUGGUCCGAGGAACGGGAUGAGCUCUUCAGACAUAGUCUUGCCAAGUUGCGGGAACAGGUGGUUCGGGCAAAUGCCCUUGUGAGAGAAGCCAACUUUCUUUCAGAAGAGAUGAGUAAAAUGACGGACUAUCAGGUGACACUUCAGAUCCCGGCUGCAAACCUCAGUGCCAAUAGGAAGAGAGGCGCCAUUGUGAGUGAGCCUGCAAUCCAAGUGCGCAGGAAAGGUAAAGGAACGCAAGUGUGGACCAUUGAGAAACUGGAGAACAAGCUGGUGGAUAUGAGGGAUUAUUACCGGGAUUGGAAAGAUGAUGCCGAGCAUUUGAGCAGUAAACUUACUAGCAAACGUGGGGACCCGUUCUAUGAAGCCCAAGAAAACCACAAUCUCAUUGGCGUCGCAAACGUCUUCCUGGAGUGCCUCUUCCACGAUGUCAAGCUUCAGUAUGCAGUGCCUAUAAUCAGUCAGCAGGGUGAGGUAGCAGGACGGCUGCACGUAGAGCUGAUGCGUGUCAGUGGGGCCGUCCCAGAGAGAAUGGCAGGAGGUGAUGACUCCUCUGAAAAUUCCAGUGAGAGCAGCAGCUAUGAAUUUUUGGAUAACAAUGGAGAAAUUGUCCACAUGGCCAAGAAAUUAACAUGCAGAGUCAAAAUCAAAGAUGCCACUGGUCUACCACUGAACCUUUCCAACUUCGUCUUCUGUCAGUACACCUUCUGGGACCAGUCAGAAGCCACAGUUGCUCCACCUAUGGUUAAUCCUGACACACCAUCUCCACGGAGCAAAGAAUCCCAAUUUUCUGUUAAGUUUGAGCACUGUAAGGAUUAUGUUGUCCACGUGACAGAAGAAUUUCUCGAAUUCAUUCUAGAAGGAGCCUUGGCAAUUGAGGUUUGGGGUCACAGAUGUGCAGGGAACGGCAGAUCGUUAUGGGAGCUGGACGCUAUGCAAGCAAAAACAAGAACACUGAGAGACAGGUGGAGUGAAGUGUCUCGGAGAAUUGAAAUGUGGAUUUCAAUACAAGAACUCAAUGAGAUGGGGGACUACGCACCAGUUGAACUGCACCAGGCUAAGGAUGUCAAUACAGGAGGUGUCUUUCAGCUUCGCCAGGGUCACUCUCGCCGGAUCCACAUCACAGUGAAACCUGUCCAGCACUCGGGGACAUUGCCUCUCAUGGUGGAAGCCAUUCUUUCUGUGUCUAUUGGCUGUAUUUGUGCCCGCUCCACUAAACUUCAACGGGCCUUGGAUAGUUACCAGAGAGAUGAUGAUGGUGAUGAUAUGGAUAGUUAUCAGGAAGAAGAUCUAAACUGUGUGAGAGAUCGUUGGUCAGAAGCAUUAAUCAAGCGACGGGAAUAUCUGGAUGAACAGAUUAAAAAAAUUAUCAAUAAGCAAGAGAAAACUGAAGACGAUGUGGAGCGGGAGGCUCGUUUGGUCGAGCAGUGGGUUGGAUUGACUGAAGAAAGGAAUGCAGUUCUAGUGCCAGCACCGGGCAGUGGCAUCCCAGGAGCCCCAGCACACCAAGCACCACCACCAGGAAUGGAGGCUCACAUCCCAGUUCUUUUCUUGGAUUUAAACGCGGAUGACCUUACGGUGAAUGAGCAGCUGACCGGACCCCGUGCAGCCGGUGUCAAUUCAAUCCUGCCAAAGGAACAUGGGAGUCAGUUCUUCUACUUACCGAUCAUCCGGCACAGUGAUGAGGAGGUCUCGGCCUGUGCUUCUUGGGACUCUUCAAUUCACGAUUCAUUACACUUAAACAGAGUAACACCACCAAACGAGCGGGUAUAUUUAAUUGUGAAGGCCACCGUUCAGCUUAGCCACCCUGCUGCAGUGGAGUUAGUGCUGAGAAAGAGGAUUGCAGUCAACGUUUACAACAAGCAGAGUUUUACACAAAGUCUCAAGAGAAGGAUGUCUAUGAAGAACAUGCUUUACACUUGUGGUGUUGCUUAUGAAAUAGUAUCCAACAUACCAAAGGCAUCCGAGGAGACAGAAGACAGGGAAACGCUGGCACUCAUGGCAGCGAGAUAUGAAAACGAGGGUUCGGCAGAUGGAGAGACAUACAUUGAGAAGUAUACACGUGGAGUGUUGGAGGUGGAGAACAUACUGAGUCUGGAGCGACUGAGACAGGCUGUCACUGUUAAAGAAGCACUUUCUGCAAAAGGCAAACACAUUCGGAGGAGUAUCAGUACACCCAACGUUCAUCAUGUGUCUUGCAGCAGACUAGAUCUCUCUGGGUGUGAAGAUGAAGAAUUAAAGGGUCGCUCGGAGAGCCAUUUGGAUAUAUCAGACUGCACGAAUUAUCAGGACCUGUCCUUGUAUGGAACACUACCAAGGGAGUCACCACGAAGGAGUAAAGAGAGCACUGAAUCAUCACUUUUCUUCAACACAAGUCCAUUCAAGGCACUGUCCCCUCAGCCGCCAAAGUUCCUUAAAUCAUUAAUGCCUGUUAAGGAAGAGCACAAAAUGAAGAACCCUUUGGAGUCUAGACCUCUGCUUGGACAAGAGAGCAUGCCUCCAUCUCAGGAUAGUUCUAAGCUGGUACACAACAGUGACUGUGUUGUGUCAUCAGGCAGCAGUGUGUCACUAGAAAACUGUAACGCAUGUGAAGAGAAGCUUGAUUCUGAAGAUGAAGACAAUGACACGGAAAUCAGAAAACAAAGCAUGGCCUCCCAGGAUUUGCACAGUUUUCAGCCUUAUAUCCCAGAGGACUUUGCUGACUUUGAUGUUUACAAUGCAAGCCUGGAGAACAGGGACUCCCUGUCCUCUAAGCCUGACUUUAUGAGCUCUCGUUUCUUGGAAAAGGAAGUUUCCCGGAGUCCCACAGCCAGCAGCAUGACCAGUGGCUACUUCUCACACAGUGCCUCAAAUGUGACACUCUCGGAUGUAGCAUUAACUGGCAGUGACAAUAUUGACCAGCUGGCUUAUCAUCUUCGAGAGGCAGAGUUUCAGGACCACUCACAGCCAAUGUGCUUACAGCCGGAUGUUCAGGAUGCAGCUCCUUGUGCAGGUAAAAACUUAUCAGAAACCAGAAGUGCCUUCAACGAAGAGACUAUGGCAUGCAAGUUUCAAAAUGUCCCCAGAACUCCGGUAGACUCAACACUUAGUACGGUGGCAGUGACUUGUCACGACAACACAUCUCACCUUGAAAUGGUGGACAGCUAUAGUAAUAACAGUGCCCAGGAGUUCACUGAUUUCAAAGGUGCUGAUGAUGACAGGGAUUCAGGACAUUUUGAAGACCUUCAAUUUCAAGCUAGGAAAACACACACUGAUGGGCUUUUGUUGGGUUUCAAUGAGCCCAGUGUGGAUAUUGACAAAUGUAGUGGCACAGAUGGCAUAGUCUCUUGCCAUGUACAAAAUGGCACACAGUUUAUUUGUGCCACUGCACAAGACAGACUGACUGAAGUAAUGAUGGAUUACCGGUCUUCGGGUGAAUUUGAUGACUUAUCAGAUGCCCUAGAAGGAGAAAUCCCUGCCACUUUGAUGGCCUCUUGUACUGAUGUUAACUCUACCUCUCCGGAUACGGACAAGAAUGAUUUUGAUUCCUCAAGCAGUGAUGAAUGCACAAAGGUAGACCAGACUGAAAUUGUGCCAAGCUGGAUGGUGAUGGGUGAACGUGUAUGCAUAGGAAAUAAAUCUGGAACUGUUAGUUAUGUUGGCACAGUGGACUUUUCUAGUGGAACAUGGAUUGGGGUUGAACUUGACCUUCCAGCAGGAAAGCACAAUGGCACUGUUCAGGGAAAAAAAUACUUUAACUGCAAAGCUGGGCACGGUGUAUUUGUGAGGCCACGCCGUCUGUCCAGGGCUGCUAACAAGGGCAAGCGACGGAGCAGCACCUCGAGGUCACAGGUGGCCAGCAUCCAUGAAAAAAAUAAAAAAAGCAUUCUACAUCAGGAGUCACAAGCAGGGGUGCCCUCCUUCAAGAAACAGGACAGCCGGCGCUCUUGGGUCAGCUGAGCAGUGGAGUUUUGCACUUACUACACAGUUUCUUAUGUCGAGGACCAGUGAUUUUGUUUUUUUUUUUGUUUUUUUAAUUGUACAGCUGUAAAUGAGUUUUUAAAAAUACUGUAUUCUGUUUUAAACUUGUAAUCUAGAAAUGUAUUUAAUAACAUAUCUGCUCACAGCAGAUUGCUGCACAGAAAAGGAAGUUAAACCUCCCUUCAUGACAAGUGUAGAUAGUGUAAAGGUGCCAGCUCCUUUUACUAGCCUUUUAACAUGGAUGACAUAUUUUAAAGAACUAAUAUUUUAUGACGAUAAAUCCGUACAUUUUUAUGCUUCACAUUACCAAAGAAUGUCUGUUUUUGAUUUCUUACGUAUGUAUUAUUAAUGGAAACCUUUAGUGCCACUCUGGUUACCACGUACUCUUGUUUGUUGCCUUAUCUCUGUCCUCCUGCUUGGUUUUCAAAAGGAAAAGCACACGGUUGUGUCCGACUGUUACUCAGAAUCCGUCUUCCUGGAGGCCUGCUACUGUGCUGACUUCUAUCGCAUGUUACUAGAAUUGAUGCCGUAAGGCUGCCAACACUAACAUCAGAGACAGUAUUGCCGUAAGAAAGCAAGGCUAGAUUUUAUUUUAUUUUUUUUCCUGUUGUUUUGUGUUACUGUUUUUAGUAAAUGGAGUAAGCGUGUGUUUUGUGUGUGCGUGUCUGCACGUGCGAUUGAGCAACAGGAUAGCAAACAAAAUAACGGUACUAAUGUCGAUUUCUUUAUCUAGGCUGUGUAAAUGGAAUGACAAUGGUCCUGUUGUACUUGGCUUGAGUGCAACAGAAAAGGGUUUAUUUCCAAUAUGUUUACAACAGAAUGUUUUAGUUAAAAGAGUUAAAAGAUGGCCUGAUAUUAUAAUAUCAUAAAGUAAACCCAGGACCUUACUGUUCAAAGCUGCUGCUCCUCUUGGGUUAGUGCUGUAUAUGUAUAUAUAUAUAUAUAUAGUUCUCUAUUCAGUCAUAGUGUUUAUUAUGUACAGAAUUGUAAUUUAUAUUGUAUUACAGCAUACUGUUGGUACAAAACUGUGUUAGGAGUCGGAAGGUUGGCUAUGUAAGAAAAGAAAAAGAAAAAAAAAGAAGUGCAUUGUGA